AUGCUCCCCCUAAACCUCCUGUCCCUCCUCCGCCUCCCACAAAUCCUAACCCUGGACCUCACAGCCGUCAACUGGGAAGCAUGGCUCACCCUCAUCCGCACCGAAGCCAUAAUAAGCAACGUCUGGCAAUACAUCGAUCCAUCAAUCCCAAACGAGCAAGCCAUCCCACUCCUUCCGCCCAGAGCUGCGAUUCCAUUACCAGCUGAUAUUGCCCAUCUUUUCGCCUCUGCGGGUGCCGCCGUGAAUCACGAUCAGGACCAGGGUCAGGGUCAGGGUCAGGAUGAGGGUGAUGCAGCGGAUGAGAAUGUGAAAAAGGCAGAAAGACAAUACCUCCUCGCAACCCUGCGGCAUGACCGCGAGCGCGAAUGGAAAAUUUACGAUGAGAAGCGGGAUUCGUUGCGCGUUAUCAGGGCAUAUGUGCUUGCGACGGCGCCGGCGAAGUGGGUUACAUACGACGAUGAUGGGGUUGUGGGUGGAGGAUCGUACAAGGAUGUCAGGAGGUUGUUGGUGGAGUUGAGGGAGAGGGUGGCGGACGUUAGGGCGGCGAGGGCGUUGAGGUGGCAGAAGGUCAGGGUGCAGGAGUUGCAGAAGCAGCAGGAGCUGCAGCAGAGGGGUGCUGGUGCUAGUGCUGGUGCUGGCGCUGGAAUUGUUGGAACUGGAGCUGGGGCUGUAGGUGGGGGUGCUGGCGCUGGAACUGCAAAUGUUCGUGUUGGAUCUGGGGCUGGAGCCGAAGCCGGAGCUGCAACUGGAACUGGAACUGUAAAUGUUGGAGCUGGUGCUAGUGCUGCUGCGGGCAAUGCGACGGUUGUGACUCAGGGGAACUAUGGCUAUCCUUCGCAAGAAGUCUGGGGCGGCUAUGUCUUUCCUGCACAAGGAUACUGGGGUUGA